AUGUACUGGUAUUUCCCAGCCUACAAGGAUAAUGCAGCAUCACAGACAGCAGCGGCCGACUCAGCGAACGCCAUCUACGGAAAGCUGGCUGCAGGAAAUGUGCUGCUCGCCGUGCUGUCCGUCGCUGCGCUGCUGACGUCCGCUCAUGGGACGAAUCUCUCGCUCAAAAAGCAAGUGAAGCGCAACUACCCGGCUUGUUCAGUCCCGUCUGAUCCCUUCGGGAACCCUACCGACUGCACAACGUACUACCAAUGCAUUGGGGAUGGCAUCGUCCUAGUGCGGCCGUGCCCAUCUGGACUCCACUUCAACCGCAAAACCGCCCAGUGCGAUUACCCAGAGAAUGCUAAGUGUGAAGUAUCCUCUUCUUCUGACGGAGCGGGCACAUCAGCCAACAAUGAGACACCCAGUGGAUCUUCUUCUUUACCUGAAUGUCCUUACCCUGCUGAUCCAAAUGUUGUUGUCCAUUUUCCCAAUCCUGAGGACUGCAGCAGCUUCUAUAAGUGUGGUCUCGAUGGAAAACCGGUGUUGAUCCCCUGCCCAGCAGGUCUCGAGUGGAAUGACGAAGCAGACGCCUGCGACUACCCCGAAUCUGCUGGCUGCAGCGUCUCUUCUGGUGGCAGUGUCAGUGGGGGCAAACCAGCCGGUAACUCUAAUACUCCUCCACCUGAAUGUCCCUUCCCCGCCGAUCCAGUGAAUGUUGUACAGUUUCCCAACCCUGACAACUGCAGCACCUUCUACAAGUGUAGCCUCGAAGGAGAACCUGUCCUGAUCGCUUGUCCAGAAGGCCUCGAGUACAAUGCAGAGGCUCAAGUGUGUGACUACCCUGCGUCUGCUGGCUGCAGCGUCUCUUCUGGUAAAAGAGGCAGCGCAAGCAAACUAACUAGGUCCAAUACCCCUCCACCUGAAUGCCCCUUCUCCGCCGAUCCGGUAAAUGUUGUACAGUUUCCCAAUCCUGACAACUGCAGCACCUUCUACAAGUGCAUCCUCGAAGGAGAACCUGUCUUGAUCGCAUGUCCAGAAGGCCUCGAGUACAAUGCUGAGGCUCAAGUUUGUGACUACCCUGCGUCUGCUGGCUGCAGCGUCUCUUCUGGUAAAAGUGGCAGCGCAAGCAAACUAACCUGGUCAAAUACCCCUCCACCUGAAUGCCCCUUCCCCGCCGAUCCAGUAAAUGUUGUACAGUUUCCCAAUCCUGACAACUGCAGCACCUUCUACAAGUGCAGCCUCGAAGGAGAACCUGUCCUGAUCGCAUGUCCAGAAGGACUCGAGUACAACGCUGAGGCUCAAGUGUGUGACUACCCUGCAUCUGCUGGCUGCAGCGUUUCUUCUGGUAACAGUGGCAGCGCAAGCAAACCAGCUGGGACAUCAAACACUCCUCCACCUGAAUGUCCGUUCCCCGCUGACCCUAAUGUUGUAGUCCAUUUCCCCAACCCCGAUGAUUGCAGCUCCUUCUACAAGUGCGGCCUCGAUGGAAUACCCGUGCUGAUCCCCUGCCCAGAUGGCCUCGAGUGGAAUGACGAAAAAGGAUAUUGUGACUACCCCGAAUCUGCUGGCUGCAGCGUCUCUUCUGAUAACAGUGGUAGCGUGGGCAAACCAGCCGGAAACUCGAACACUCCGCCACCUGAAUGUCCCUCUCCUGCCGAUCCAGAAAAUGUCGUGCAGUUUCCAAACCCUGAUGACUGCAGUACCUUCUACAAGUGCGACCUCGAUGGAAAUGCAGUGCUGCAAGAUUGCCCACCUGGCCUCGAAUACAAUGCUGAGGCUCAGGUGUGCGACUACCGCGACUCUGCUGGCUGCUCUGUCGCCAAAAAAUGAAUCUGUAAAAGCUGUUAUGUUCUGUGAUACCACAUGCUGACU